AUGUGCAACGAAGGUCCGUAUCGUGGUUCAACGAAGGAGCCAGACUUCUUAUUUAUGAUCCGUGGCCGGUUGUUGCCAACUGUUGCCGUUGAAUGUGGGUGGAGUGAGUCAAUGCCACGUUUACACAAUGACCUGAACAUAUUGAUGGUUGGAGGAAAUGGCGACAUUAAAGUCGUCAUUAUAAUCAAGUGGUCGAAGCUCACCGGGAAUCGUGUUUCUGGCGUCGCAGAAUUAUACAAGUGUGAUAGGAACGGCAUACCUGUUAUUUUCCCCUCUGAUUCGACGACCGUCGACCAACAACUUGUCAUCAAACGACGUGAUCUUCUUGGAUCAGGGGUUCAUAAUCCCAGCGGCUCCCUCGUUCUUGAUCUUGAUACUUUACGCGACUUUGCAAUUCGUGCGCUUGGGCGUAUGGGCCUUAUGCCCGCUACUUGA